UCCCGCUCUGGCUGCAAGGUGCCUCGGAGGUUGAUCAUCUUCCAGGGGUUUUGCCUGUGUCGCCCUUUAAAAGGCGCUAGUUCCUUUCCCUCUCCAGCCCUUCCGAACUGACCCCGCGCCUGGUGACACAUCUUAGUUGGAUGCGGUUGCUGUAUUUCUUUCUCCCCCUGUUUCCAGACCAUCUGAGAACCGUGUUGAGUUCACAAGACCGCGACGUAAACAUUGAGGCCAGGGAGGAGGCGAAGGGGAUCUUGCACUCCUUUUCAAAACCUCAAACAUGGGAAAGUCUCUUUCUCAUUUACCUUUGCAUUCAAAUAAAGAAGAUGGUUAUGAUGGGGUCACCUCGACAGACAACAUGAGGAACGGGUUGGUUAGCAGCGAAGUCCAGAAUGAAGAUGGAAGAAAUGGAGAUGUCUCUCAGUUUCCGUAUGUGGAAUUUACUGGAAGAGACAGCGUCACUUGUCCCACUUGCCAAGGAACAGGAAGAAUUCCUAGGGGGCAAGAAAACCAACUGGUGGCAUUGAUCCCAUAUAGUGAUCAGCGGUUACGGCCAAGAAGAACAAAGCUGUAUGUGAUGGCAUCUGUGUCUGUCUGCCUGCUCCUGUCUGGAUUGGCUGUGUUUUUCCUUUUCCCGCGAUCUAUUGACGUGAAGUAUAUUGGUGUAAAAUCAGCCUAUGUCAGUUACGAUUUUCAAAAGCGAACCAUAUAUUUAAAUAUCACGAACACACUAAAUAUAACAAACAAUAACUAUUACUCUGUUGAAGUUGAAAACAUCACUGCUCAAGUUCAGUUUUCAAAAACGGUUAUUGGAAAGGCACGCUUAAACAACAUAACUAACAUUGGCCCACUUGAUAUGAAGCAGAUUGAUUAUACGGUACCCACAGUUAUUGCUGAGGAAAUGAGUUACAUGUACGAUUUCUGUACACUGAUCUCCAUCAAAGUACAUAACAUAGUACUCAUGAUGCAGGUAACUGUAACAACGACAUACUUUGGACACUCUGAGCAGAUAUCUCAGGAGAGGUACCAGUAUGUCGACUGCGGAAGGAACACCACUUACCAGUUGGCCCAGUCUGAGUAUCUCAAUGUACUUCAGCCACAACAGUGAACUCUGAAGGAGAUGUGAUAGAGCAGAGGACACCCCUGAGGUGUUUCCAGAACUGUCAGUGAGGAGGCACUGCCUAGAAGGACAUCUUGAAUUGGACAUGUCUAAAGUUGAAACUAGGACACUGAGGGUUGAGCCUACAGAAGCUGCUCCUUAAGCAGUUACUGGACUCUGGUUCUGUGUUGAGGAUUUGCUCGUACCAAGAGCUUUUACUUGAUCGUAAGUUAACUGAUUGGCUUUCUUCUCAUCUUUGUUCCCAAGGUGAAAAAACGGAGACUUCCUCUAAAUACAAUAAAGAAUUACAUAAAAGUCAUAGACUUAAUCUGUAGCUCUAUUGAUAAUAUAGUUCAGUCAUGAACAUAAUUUGAAAAAUAAUUCUGAAGAUUUUUAUAUGAAAUUACUGAAAGUCUGUUAUUCAUGGAAGACUUUUAAAAUCUAACCUGUUUUAUAAAUUCCCAUUCUUAUAUGAUGGUAGUCUUUUGACUAUGAUAACUUAGCUACUAGCUAAAUGUUUUUAGCCUUUGAUUUGUUGAAAUUCUACUCAUUUGCAUGUUUUGUCUUAUUUCUAGCUAAUGGUUGUAUAAUAUUUACCAACCAUAACAGUCUGCACAAUUCUGAUCUACACUUUUUAAGAGCCUCUCAGUAUGUGCUUCAUGUAUAUAGCUUUGUGAACUUUCUGUGUGGUCCUCAAACACGCUCCUUUUUUGUGUACAAUAUUGUAAUUAAACUGCAUGGCUUUUAUACAGCUUUGAUAAAGGUCAAAUGAAAUGGUACUGAUUAAGAAGUAAAGCAAGUUGUUCAUAAAGAAUAAAGGAGGAGAAUGACAUUCAGAAAUCUAUAAAAUAUCAGUAGAUUCCAGCUACUUGUUGGGUCUGACAUAAAAUAGAUAUUCAAUAAAACAUUUUGAUGCUUUACUUUUAUGUUGCUUUUCAUAUUAAGAAUUAUAUGGAUAUUUUCACAAUGAUUAGAUAUCAUCAAUUUUACGAAUGCUAAAUGGAAGGAAAUUAUUUUUUACUAGAAAUUAUUCAAGAAAUCCUUUCAUUGAACACUGGUGGCUACAUCAAAAUAAAACCUAUAGUUUGCUUGUGUAUCAUACUGAUUUGAUACUUCUAGCAGCUGCAUAAGUAUUCCUUUUUUACUUUAAUUUUAUCUAACAUUGUUUUCAAGUAUGAUGGAUGUGUUUGCCUUGUGGCUUACAUUUUCAGUGUCAUAUUCCAUAAGGUGUUUUUCCUUAUUCACUCAGAAAAUUCUAAGACCCUUUUAAAAUAUAUAACACUAACCUUAAGAGUUAAGUAUGAUAACAGGUUGAUUUUGUUUGUUUGUUUGUUUGUUUGUUUCCUCAUGACGGAAAUUGGGUUUUCCUUCUCCCAUACUCAAGUGCCUACCUUAGUUGGGUGUAGCCUAUUUGUCAGUGUGGUUCUCAAAUAUGAAAUAUAGAUUCUAAUGACUUAAUCUUGUCCCCUAAGUACACUCAUAUCUCCCUUACCUUUCAUACCAUAUUCCCCAUGUGAGUGAACAUUUCAAACAUCCAUUUUUUUUUGUAUCUUGCAUUCCUCAGGCGUUAUGAGGUUAGCAUCCUUCCUGUCAUACCCAGAUCAUCCUUUGCAUCAUUCAGUCUCUAGUCAAACCGAUCUUGGUUGGAAGUUUUCUUUUGCUGUGCUUGCUGGUCACCUCCCCUCAUUCAUUCUCCUUCAGUCCCCCCAUUCAUUCUCCUUCAGUCUGCACACUGGUUGUGCUUACAUUUUCCAAGUUAAACUCACAUCAUUAUCUGUAUUCUCUCAUUUUGACAUAAUGUCUGUGAGUCAACUGCUUUUCCUUUUUCUAGAAAUGUUUAAUCCUAUUACUUCAAAAUCACUUGUUAGACCUCCAAGUCUUGUGUUUCUUCUUGACUAGUAACUAUGUAGUUUCAUGUACACUCAGUUACCUUUCAUAAUUAAUGAUUUUUCUAUGUGUAAAAGCAAAAUGUAAAGAAAUCUUUUUUAUGAUUUCUCUUGUGCUUUUUCCUAUCCUUCAUGCUUCAUUACAUGGUGUGCAAAAUCAUCAUUCAUUCAUUACUUCAAAAUCAAUCUUUACAUAUGCCUCAUAUAAUAAUCUGUUCCUUCUGUGUGUAUUUAAGUCUGGGAUAGCACUGUGUAAGUGAGGAAGUUUGUUUUCACCUUCUUCUAGAGUACAUGUGUAAGGCCUGAAGAGGCAGGACAGUGCAGCAAGUGGAAGCAGCUUUGUGCCCAGUGGCUCUGUUUCAAAAUCUUUAACUCUUUAAAUUGAAAAUUCGAUCACAUCUAGACAUCUAGGUUUGAUGUCUAAUUCUGGUGAUGUUUGAGUCAUUAAAAAAAAAAAAAAAACCCUUGGAAUUUAAACCCUUCAAGUAAAAGAUAAAAGGAAAAGAGAUGUAGAUUCCUUGUGACUAUUCAAGGAGAAUCAAGUAACUCCUGGGUAAGCCAGAGUGGUAACAAGCUGUAAGUUAAUAAAACUAAACUAAAACCAACAACAACAACAUUUUUAGAGAAGCCAAACCGUAGCCAUAAAAACAUUUGAAAGAAUCAAUGAGGUUUUAACUUUUCUUAGGUCAAUGUUGAGUCUGGCUUCUGGCAUGCAGAAAGGGUGGGUACUAACAUAUUUUUAUGAGUACCUCCAUAACUUAGACUGGCAUAUGAUAAAGACAGUACAUGUUUUCAGAAGUAAAUUCUGUUCUACCCUGAUCAAACACUACCCUGGCCUCACAAUAUCAUGUGUACAACACACUGGCUGCUGCUUCUCUGUCUGCUUUUCUUAUGUGAUUUCUCAGCAGGGUACUGAGAGGAUUUGCUUUAAAAUUACAUACUAGUACAUACUUACACUGCAGCCAGAACUAGGUUCUCUGUCUCAUAUUUGUGCCCUAUCAUUUAAAAUAUCCAUCAGAAAGUCAUGGUAACUUGGUUUAAUGCAAUUAGAAAUUAGAAGUGGCCAGCAAAAUGAUUCAGUGGAUAAGGAUGAUUGCCACCAAGCAAUCUGAGCUCAGUUUCUGCAUCUCACAACAGCAGGAGAGAACUGGCUUCUGCAAGUUGUUUUCCACAUGAAUAUGCACACAUGCACACGCACAUGCACAAAUGCAUGUGGAAAAAUAGAAUAAAAAUUCUUGAAGUCAAUAGUGAUGGGCUAAGAUGUUGGUAACUUUGAAUUGCUAUCUGAAAUAUUUCUAAAAGUAAACUAAACAAUGUAGAAUACUUUAGAGCCAAACCUGGAAUUUAAUUUUUGUGUUAAUGUUUAAUACUUUUUCAAUAAUUCCAAUAAAAAUAAAACUGGCA